CGUCACGUGCGCUCCCGGCUCCGCCCUCCUCCUCGUCGUUGUCGCCUUCUUCUUCUUUCUCCCUUCCCGCUCUGAGGAAAAUCGAGACAUGCAACCUUCUGUCCCCACGUCAAGAGAAAGUAAAAUGCAGAGUUCAGAUGUUGACAAGCUGCUGCCCGUCUCUGUCUCCUGAUGAGGAAGUGAGUGCAGUCCUAAGAAGAAUCUUUUCCUUGGAUGGAAGAAGAUCAUUUGCUGCUAUUCAUAAAGCUGCUGUUGUGCCUGAGAAUCUACAAUUUAGUUUGAAAAUUGCUUAAAGACUUGUCAAAUGACAUCAAUGGCCAGUCUGUUCUCUUUUACUAGCCCAGCUGUAAAGCGUCUGUUGGGCUGGAAACAAGGUGAUGAAGAGGAAAAAUGGGCAGAAAAAGCAGUUGAUGCUUUAGUUAAAAAACUGAAAAAGAAAAAAGGAGCCAUGGAGGAGCUGGAGAAAGCACUGAGCAGUCCUGGUCAGCCUAGUAAAUGUGUUACGAUUCCUCGUUCGUUAGAUGGGCGACUUCAAGUUUCUCACCGCAAAGGCCUUCCUCAUGUUAUUUACUGUCGUGUAUGGCGUUGGCCUGAUCUUCAGAGUCAUCAUGAGCUAAAACCACUGGACAUUUGUGAAUUUCCUUUCGGAUCUAAACAGAAGGAAGUCUGUAUCAAUCCAUAUCAUUACAAAAGGGUGGAGAGCCCAGGCUGCUACGGUGCACAGAACCAGAAUUUUCCCAACUGGGAAAUGCAGUGCAGUGCUUUGACAGUUUUACCUCCAGUCUUGGUGCCAAGGCAUAGUGAAUUCAACCCACAGCAUAGCCUCUUGGUUCAGUUCCGAAACCUAAGUCACAAUGAGCCACAUAUGCCUCACAAUGCUACAUUUCCAGAAUCGUUCCAGCAGCCCAACAGCACUCCAUUUCCCAUUUCUCCAAAUAGUCCGUAUCCACCAUCUCCAGGUGGCAGCACCUACCCAAAUUCCCCAGCCAGUUCUGGACCAUCUAGUCCAUUUCAGCUACCAGCAGAUACACCACCACCUGCAUAUAUGCCUCCUGAAGAUCAAAUGGGGCAAGAGACAACACAAUCUAUGGACACAAGCAAUAAUAUGGUCCCUCAGAUAAUGCCAAACAUUUCCAACAGAGAUGUUCACCCUGUGGCCUAUGAAGAACCCAAGCACUGGUGCUCAAUUGUAUAUUAUGAAUUAAACAACCGAGUUGGGGAUGCUUUUCAUGCAUCUUCCACUAGUAUCUUAGUCGAUGGAUUUACAGAUCCUUCUAACAACAAAACAAGAUUUUGCUUAGGUUUGCUCUCCAAUGUUAAUCGCAAUUCAACAAUUGAGAACACACGAAGACACAUUGGGAAAGGUGUCCAUUUGUACUAUGUAGGUGGAGAGGUCUAUGCUGAAUGCCUGAGUGACAGCAGCAUAUUUGUACAGAGCCGGAAUUGUAAUUACCAUCAUGGAUUUCAUCCUACAACUGUAUGCAAGAUUCCCAGUGGAUGCAGCCUAAAGAUCUUUAACAAUCAGGAAUUUGCCCAGCUUCUAGCUCAGUCUGUCAAUCAUGGGUUUGAAGCAGUGUAUGAGCUCACCAAAAUGUGCACAAUUCGGAUGAGUUUCGUAAAGGGUUGGGGAGCAGAGUAUCAUCGACAAGAUGUUACAAGUACCCCAUGCUGGAUAGAAAUACAUCUUCAUGGGCCUUUGCAAUGGCUGGAUAAAGUACUUACCCAAAUGGGUUCUCCACUUAAUCCCAUCUCUUCUGUUUCGUAGUGCCAAAAUAUUUCUUCAACAAUCAUAACUUUGGUGACCAUUUUUAAAAUUUUGCAGAAACUUCCAGUGUGUAUACUGUAAGAACGUGCCACGUGUUAGCUAUCCUGUCCUAAUGAUGACCAAUUCCAUUGUUUUUAUUACCAUUUUAUGUUUCAUUUUGAUAAUUAAAAGAAACAGUCAAUUUUGGAGGAAAACUGAAAAUUCUUUAUUUCUCCUUGCUAUGCAUAUUUAAAAACCUGACUCCACUGGAAACAUUUUAAUGUGUCUUCUUUGGAACACAUUGCUGAAUUGAAAGUAGGGAAUGAAUAACACUAUUCUUUUUCUUCUUCUUCUGAAUAUGUGUAUGUCUCUCUUACAGCCUGUUUUAAUGCUCCUGUAAAAUUGUGUGGAUGAUGAAGUCCAUGAAACUAGCUUUAUUACACCUAUUGCCUUUAGCUUGAAUGAUAAUGUUACUUUGUUAUGUAUGUGUUCAGAAACACUUAUUACAGGUAGUGGUAUUAGAAUGCAUUCCUGCAAGUUUUGCCAUAAACAGUGGUAAUUUGACUUUCACCCCUGGUCAGUGUGAUAGUAAACAGGAUAAACUGAAUAUGCACAAUCCUGUGGUUGUCUGCUCAGAAGUUUAAGGACCUUUGUGAGAAUUCCUGAUAAAUGUGUAAAUUGCUUCUUUAAUCAUUGUUCUGAACAGACAUUAGAUUCAAGGAAGUAUCUGGUCUACCCUAGUCAGUAUUUUCUCUUGGCUUGCAUUCAUAUUGUGUGAGACACUUAAACAAUCCGUGCAUAUUAGAGUGCAAAAUGUAACAGUUUUGUUUAUAAUAAUGCAAGGAUGCCUUUUUUUUUGCAUUUCCAUAGUUGAUAUCCCGAAGGCUUGCUAACUUCACACUACUGCUGUUUUGCAGUAUUAGUUUAGCUCCUUUUGUAGUUCACUUUUAUAACUACAGUAUUAGAAAUCACACUUCAGAAAGUGGUACAGAGUGUUUGCUUUUUAUAUUGCUGGGCAGGCCAAUUGCUUAAUGACGACAAAAAUAUCAUUGCCUCUUGAGCUUGAAAUCUUUAUGAUCUAGGGCAGUGGUUCCCAACCUGUGGGUCGGGACCCCUUUGGGGGUCGAAUGACCCUUUUAUGGGGGUCGCCUAAGACCACUGGAAAACACCUAUUUAAUUACAGUUAUGAAGUAGCAAUGGAAAUAAUUUCAUGGGUUUGGGUCACCACAACAUGAGGAACUGUAUUAAAGGGUUGCAGCAUUAGGAAGGUUGGGAACCACUGAGCUAGGGAUCCACUGAUCUGAGUCCUUCAUACACACAGGUUCCCUGGCAUAAUCUGGUAUUACAGUUGUCAGUUGGACAUCCUGAUCCUGUACAGAACUGGAUUACAAGUUCUGUACUAAUUCCACUUAAGGGAUUGACAAAAGUAGGGAUGAUUGUCAUGGUCUCCAUGAAAUGUGUAAGUUAGUCCAUGUUAAGAGAUCAUUAGAAUCCAUUCAAAAAUAUUUUUGUUCACUGCACAAGGGAGGCAGAUGCAUGCCUGAAUUACAGGCGACUGCCUCUACAAUUAAUCUGAUGAAAAUCUAAAUGCCCUAAAUGUAUUGUUUAUGCCUGUCAACCACUCUGCAAGCCGUAACCUAUUGAAACUGUAGCCUUAUGCUAAGGGAUUUCUUCCAAAAAUAUCUAUCUGUUUUGCUUUGUGUAUGUUUUAAUGAUGAUUUUUUUUCAGGAACUAGAGGCAAUACCUAGUGCCAUGUGGAAUAAAUUUGUUUCUUUGUAAGGAAGAAGAAUCUCCAAGGUACUCUUGGUGAUACUUUUUUUUUUGCUUUAGCAAUAGCAAUUAAAUGUAAGGUUCUAAUUACUUAUUUAGCGUGACUUAACUGUAUUUCCGUGUGGAUUCCACCCAGAUACAUAGCAAUUGCAAUAGUAAGUACAUUUCUAUACCGCUUAUCAGUGCACUUAAGCACUCCCUAAGCAAUGUACAAUGUCUAAGGUGAUUGCCCCCAACAAACUGGGUACUCACUUUAGCAACCUCAGAAGGAUGCCAGGCUGAAUCAACCCUGAGCCCCUGGCUGGUAUUGAACUCACAACCUUGUUUGUGGUUUGUAAGUGAGUGGCUGGAAUACAGGCAUUUAACCAGUGCCAUCAGGGCUCAUAAAAAACUACAGAAUUUAAUACAGAGAGCAUUAGGUUUUCUCUAAUGAGGCAGUGAUGAGGAAGCAUAUCUACUCCUUAGGGUUGAGGAGAUAGCUUUCUAGGUACAAAAGCUUAUAAGAUUUUCCAUUUUCAUUGAGAUGGACACUUUUGUAGUUUGUUUAUUCCCUAGACUCCCAGUGAUAAGCAGAAAUAGAAUAAAGCAUACAGAUCUGAAGUCUGGCUUGUCUUAACAUAGGUUAUGUUUCCUUACUCAGUUUUGAUUAAAAGUUAUGUCUUCUUAGCAGAGUUUGAUGUCUGUUGACUCCUAUCGGUGAUACUGGGUAUAUAUGGAAGUAUUCCUCCUAGGAUGCGUCCAUUAAAGAGAGAGAGCAGAUGGAACCUGAUUAAUGUUCAUUCUUCCAAAUGGGACAUAAAUUCACACAGAGCUGUACUUGCAAGGGAAGCAUUUGAUAUUCACGAGUUUUGAACAAUGUUCCCAAGUUUCAACCAUAUGUCAAGCAAUAUUUUUCAGGCAAAUGGUAGAUCAAACUUUUUCAUUAUACACAAUGUAGUGUGACAUGAAUGGGACAAAAAAAGUCCCAUUCUGUUUUGAAGCAUGAUGGAAAGAAACUGAUGAGAACACUCAGAUAAGAAACAACCACCUAUUCUGCUGAAAAGCAGGAGGACAGCAAGUGGAGAUAGUGCUGUAAUGAGAAGGAAUAGGAGGACUUAGUGACAUCCACAGACAGUUCACCACAGAGCAGCCAGUGAUAUUCAGAAAUGACCAAGAAACAACAAACUAGAAACAGAAUAACAACAGAAACUAGGAACCUCAUAACUUCACUGCAGAAACAGUAUUUUGUUUUAAUCACAUAGGCUGCAUCCACACUGCAGAUAUAAUCCAGUUUGACAGCAAUGGCUCAGUGCUAUGACAUUCAGACAACUGUAGUUUUGUCGGGCAUAUAGGCUUCUUUGUCAGAGAGCUCUGGUGGCACAACAAACUACAAAUCCCAGGAUUCCAUAGAAUUGAGCCAUGGCAGUUAAAGUGGUAUCAAACCUGGAUUAUUUCUGCAUUGCAGAUGCAGCCCUGGUCAAUGAAACAAAUAGGGACAGCCUAUCUUCAGGGUGUGAAAUGAAGGAAACCUACCAGAAUCAAACUGCUGUGGAUCAGCCAUGCAUCAUUGAGCAGAAGGUAUACCUUGGAGUCUUGAACUGGUAUCCAGUCCUGAGUUCAGUGAUGAGUCUCCAGAAAAUGUAUGUUUUCACAGGGGUCUUGAGUGUUCAAUAAGAAGAAAAUGAAUGAUGCGUUGAGUCACUGAUAAACUUUUCAAGACACAUGAUUUGUGUUUGCUGAGGAACUUCAGAUGCAUUAUACACUACAGAGAAAACCUAGCUACCGACGAACAGCUAGUUGAGUUCAUAGAUAAAUGCCUAUCUCAGCAGUAUAUGCCAAGUAAACCAAGGAAAUAUAGCAUAAAGGUGUAAUGGUGUUAUAGCACUAAGUCAACAUGCCUUCUGAAGGGAGAUGUUUGACUGGAUGAGCUGCAUGGUACGUCAUGGGUUGUCCAGUUCGGUUACAAUGUAACUGGUUGAACCAUUUUUUCGAACUGUACUAAUUGUGGAAGGCAUUUUUUUCAACAGCUUAGAACUGACAGAAAAUAACACAUUUGGUAGAAUAAACCAUAUCUCCCUCCAUACAUACUAACAGUGCUGCUUCUUAAACAAGUCAGCAGACAAGAAAUAACAAAGUGGUACACCAUAUGAGCUGCCUAAAUAAACUAGAUCCCAUCUACAUCCCAUCUGAUCUUGCAUGUUAAGCAGGCUCAGCUCUGGCUAGUAUUUGGAUGGGAGACUGCCAAUGAAUUCCAGGUGCUGUAGGCUAUAUUUCAGAGAAAAGAACUGGUGGAAUCAACUCUUUAGUAUUCGUUGUCUAAGACAAUCUUAUGAAAAUCAUGGGGUUGCUGUAAGUAUAGGCUGCUGGAAGGCAUAUACCUGUACAGUCUUUGUGAGGGAAGUUUUACUUUCACGGGUCACUAGAAUAGCCAUGAUCUGGUUGGUUGUAGCAAGGCAGAUACCAAGAAUGGCCUUUAUUUGAAGAAUGUUUGUUCAGGAGGGAAUGUAUUAAAAUUGCAGUAAAAAUUAUUAUAUUAAAUCUGGGUCAAUUUUCCUACAGGGUUUAGAUCUAUUUCUAAUUUUUGAGAUUUGUAACAUUUUUAAUGGUAAACAAUUAUGUUUUGUUUUUUUACAGACACAUGUUCAUGAUUUUUUUAGGAGAAAAAGGACUGUCAGCUACUUAAAGAAAAUAUAUGACCACAUGUGAAUGUUUUUUUUAGUUCUGUGUGGUAUUGUGCAGUUCUCCUCAUUCUAUACCCAGAAGCACCCCUAUGAACACGAGGCAUUUUUAUCCAUUGAAAUAUACUGGAAUUCCUGUUUGGCGGGGUGUGUGUGUGAAAAACUGCUAUAGUUCCAGAGGCUGGUCUUAAGAGGCAUGCUUCCUCUUAUUCUGGAGAUAGUGUUCAAUUUAGGAUGACUCAACUUAUUUCUUCAUUAACAUCUCUAAUCGCUUUUGAAAGCUAAGUUGUUGCCGAUUAUCCUAUUUUGCAGUACAGUGGACCCUUGUUAUACACUGAGGUUUGGUUCCAAGAUCCCCCAUGUAUAAGAAAAUCUGUGUAUGCUCAAGUCCCAUUAAAUAUAAUGAUAUAGCAAAAUGGUGUCCCUUAUAAAAAAUGAAAAUCAAGGCUUGAUAUUUGAAAUUUAUACUUUUUUUAACAUUUUCAAACCGUGGAUGCUUGAAUCCAUGUAUAAGAAAUCCAUGUAUAAGAAGAGCCGACUGUAAUUAACUGCAUAGUUCAUCUAUCUGUUUUGUGAAGGAGUGCUCCUUUUAUGUGUCAUCAAACUCUUAUUACUAUUAAGCUUCAUUGAUGACCCUAGUUUUUCUCAUUUUGUGAAAAUAAGGAGAUGAGCCAGAAUAUUCAUGGACAAGAAAUACAGUUGUUUACACAUAAUUAGAAAUAAUGUUUUACAGUUGCCUUAAAGUGAAAUUAUUCAAAUGCAUAAUUAAAUAUAUAUAUCAUGUUAUAUUUAACUACUUUUCUUGAAGUACAAUAACAUCCAUAAUCCACAAAAAUACCUUUAUUGGCCAACCAAAAAUGCACAAAAUGCUCAUAAUUAUUUUCUUCAUCACUUUUUGAAAAAGAUAAAAUGUUAUUUACAAACUUACACUGUUUUAUCUUGCUUCUCUUUAAUUCUUAAAUUUGAUCUGCAAAUCUCACUGAUAUUUUUAAAGAAUCUUAUAUGUCCCAUCACCUUGCUUAAUUUAUCUAAAAUUACCUUAAAUCCUUAAAUAGAAUACCUUAAAUACAAUACCUUAAAUACAAUGAUAUAAUCUGUUAUAUUUUGUAUAUGGCUUACCCCCCCCCCAUUAAUUUUAACAUCAAAUAGAUAUAAUAACUCCAAAUCUUCCAAAAUCUGUAAUCAGUCCAAUAUAUCUUCACAAUAGUUCAUGAUAUUUUUUCCUCGCAUAAUCUCCACCAGGAAACUGGUUAUUCGUAAUGUUCUUGCUUCAGCUCUAGUUGUUUCAGCUCAAGUAUCUGUAGGUAGCUCCUUUAUUCACCUUCCAUUUCUCCUGCUCUUUCUCCUUCAGAUCUUUGGAUUUCAUGUCAAUUAUUUAUUGUAGAAACCUUCUCUAUUUUAACAUAUAAAUCAAUUUUUUCCAACUGCGUUUACAUCAUCCCAUCGACUCUAUCAGACUCUGGCAAUCGGAGAUCUCCAUCCCAUCACACUCUUCAGCUGUAAUUUCAUUUUCAACUUGCAGAUGGCCUUAUAUAUAUUCUCCAUAUACCUUGAAAUUAACUUGCAUUAAUUCCUUAAUUAAUUAAUUAAUUUCCAUUCUGAAUAAUCUUUGUUCUCUGAGAAUAUCUAAUGUUAUGUCCAUCUUAUAAUUAGUUAACCCACAAGAAUAGUCCCCUCAAAAUAUCCUUUGAUAGCUGUCAAAUGUCAAAAAAGAAAAGAAACAAAGAGGAAAAGAAAAGAAAAAAAGAAAGAAAAAGAAAAAAAAGGAAGUCAAAAUUCCCUGUUGCAGUUUCUUUUCCUUCCUGAAGAUGCCAGUGCUUCAUCUCUGUACCUCUCUAUCCACUGUGGUAAAAUCUUUAGUCUACACAGCAAAAUUUAUAGUCGAAGAAAAGAAUUCAGUCAAUAAAGUUCAGAUUUAGUAUGCAUCCUCUCUAUUACUACCUCUCCAUAUGACAGCCACCAUCCUUGAAAUAAUUUCUCAGUCAGCAAGCAAUUCUCCCUCACCAAUCUCAGUUUUCCAAAGGCCAAAUAGAUCCUUAAAGAGUAUGAUUUUAUAUUUCAGUUAAUUCUCAUAUAUUCUUUGGGGUCCAAAAAAAAACUAAUAUUCAACAUAAACUUUGUUUCUUUAAGUGCAACAAUUUUGUAUAC